CCGAGCCUCCUUAUGGCCGCGGUUGUGGCCCAGGGGCGAGUGUUGGGUCCCCUAGUGGGAGCCAUCGACCAAGGGACCAGCUCCACAAGGUUCUUGGUUUUCAAUGCAAACACAGCUGAAUUAUUGAGUCAUCACCAAGUGGAAAUCCAGCAGAAAUUCCCCAAAGAAGGGUGGGUAGAACAAGACCCAAAGGAAAUAUUGCAGUCUGUCUAUGAAUGUGUUGAAAGAACAUGCGAGAAAUUGAACCAGCUGAAUAUAGACAUUUCCAACAUAAAAGCUGUUGGAGUUAGCAAUCAGAGAGAGACAACUGUAGUUUGGGACAAAAAAACUGGAGAACCUCUGUAUAAUGCUAUUGUGUGGCUUGACCUAAGGACUCAAUCUACUGUUGAAAGACUUCUUAAAAGGAUUCCAGGAAAGAAUAAAUCCUUUUUUAAGAGUAGAACUGGUCUCCCUCUUAGCACAUAUUUCAGUGCUGUGAAGCUACGUUGGCUUUUGGACAAUGUGAAAGAGAUCAGGCAAGCAGUUCUUGAUGGGAGUGCUCUUUUUGGUACUAUUGAUUCAUGGUUAAUAUGGAGUUUGACUGGUGGAAAAAAUGGAGGUAUUCAUUGCACUGAUGUAACCAAUGCCAGUAGGACAAUGUUGUUCAACAUUCAUUCAUUAGAAUGGGAUGAUGAGCUCUGCAAUUUUUUUGAAAUUCCCAUGGAAAUGCUUCCCAAAGUGCGAAGUUCCUCAGAAAUCUAUGGAUUACUGAGUUCUGGAGCUUUGACUGGUGUGCCAAUUUCUGGGUGUUUAGGUGAUCAGUCUGCUGCAUUAGUAGGACAAAUGUGCUUCAAGGAUGGCCAAGCAAAGAAUACGUAUGGAACAGGCUGCUUCUUACUCUGCAAUACAGGCCAUAAGCCUGCACUUUCUGAGCAUGGCCUCCUAACCACUGUGGCUUACAAAUUGGGCAGAGACAAGGCUGUAUGUUAUGCAUUAGAAGGCUCUGUUGCUAUUGCAGGAGCUGUUGUUCGUUGGUUGAGAGACAAUCUUGGUAUUGCAAAAUCUUCAGAAGAAGUAGAGAAACUUGCUGCUGAAGUGGGCACGUCUUACGGCUGCUACUUUGUUCCUGCAUUUUCAGGAUUAUAUGCACCAUACUGGGAACCCAGUGCAAGAGGAAUUAUCUGUGGCCUUACUCAGUUUACAAAUAAAAACCAUAUUGCCUUUGCUGCACUAGAAGCUGUCUGCUUUCAAACACGGGAGAUAUUGGAUGCAAUGAAUAAAGACUGUGGGAUACCACUUAGUCAGUUACAAGUUGAUGGAGGAAUGACCAACAACAAGAUACUUAUGCAACUCCAGGCUGAUAUUCUUUGUAUUCCAGUAGUAAAGCCAUCUAUGCCUGAAACCACAGCACUUGGAGCAGCAAUGGCAGCUGGAGCUGCAGAAGGGGUGGGAGUCUGGAGCUUACAUCCUGAUGACUUCACAGCAGUAACAUGUGAACGUUUUGAGCCACAGAUCAAUCCAGAGGAAAGUGAAUAUCGUUAUACCAGAUGGAAGAAAGCUGUUAAGAAAUCAAUGGGGUGGGAGACAUCAGAACCUCAAGGAAACAGUGAAACUAGUAUCUUCUGUAGUCUGCCUUUGGGCUUUUUUAUAAUGAGUAGCCUGUUAAUGUUAAUCGGAGCAAAGUAUAUCUCAGGUAAAUUCAAAUGAGGCAUUUUAAUGGAUUUCAGGAGACUGUAACAUCUCAAAAGAAUGUGGUGCUUUCUUAACAAUUUUAAUGGCAUUAUUUUGACACAGUUCACUGUCAAAGUAACUAUUUAGGAAAGGGAUUUAAUCAGGAACAAGCAAAAUAUAGCUGCAACUACCUAUCUGCUUAAAAAGUAAAGUGGAAAGAACUCUUGGUUAACUUCUGUAACUGCUAUCACUUGUUUUGUCCACUUUGAAAUGAAACAUGAAAUAAAAAAAGUUAACGGUUUUUUUUUAAAAAAAACACCACCAAAUGGUACACUUCAGGAACUUCAUUGUAUACAUUUAUGUAAAGUUGUGAUUUCUUUUUAGAAAUUGCUUAUAGCAAUACUUUCAAAAAUCAUCUUUCUUAUCGACUGAUUAGAACCUCACUGAGAAUUGAAGAAUCAGUAAUAUAUUUUGUAACAAGGAAAGAACAGUUAUUUAUUCCUCCUUUUCAUAUGCAUUGGUUAUCAUAUUAAGGAUUCUAAGCUACUAAAUAAAACUGGUAGACUUCAGAAAGCUUAUUUAAAAUUAAACCUAGUAUUUAAAAUAUACUGUGUAUGUAUAGCAAGAAAGCUAUAUAUUUGAAAUACUGUAAUAUAAAUCAAAUUGCCAAGUGUAUGGAUAUGAAGAUUAAAUAUGAGCUUUAAAAGUUCAGAUAACUACACUUACUUUAGUAAAUAAUCAUAAUAUUUAUGGGCUUUGGUUGAAAAUCACAAACAUUUUUCAAUCUUUCAUUUUACUUAAAAGUUUGGACCAAAAUUUGCUUCUCAGUGGGAUACCAUUAUAAGCAGUGGCAAUCAUGAUUUCUGGAUAUAAUAUUUUAGAUAUCCAAAGAAUAAAAUAACUUUUAAAGGUCCCAAAGUUUAAUACUAAUGUAUGUCAGAACAAUACUUUAUAAUAUUCAUAUUUUCAUUAAGAAUUAAAAUAAAAUCAAACAUUGCUGGCUUGCAGAUUGAUCCCCUUUCAAACUGAGGAUAUAUCUGGUAAAAUAACGUCAAACAGCUCAUAGAAAUCUCCAUGUUCUUUGAAAUGUAUCUUCAGUGCACACUAUUCUUCUUUUCAUAGUUAGACUUCUCUAGGGUAGGGUUCAGGAUUUGCUUUGCACACUACUGGAAUGAGGUGGAGUUGAAAAUACAGUGAAUCUAGGCUGCUACUAUUUGAAGAUGCUUCAAGACUAUUCUAGUAUAACAAAAAAAUGCCUGUGGAGAGAUUAACAUAGCUUCUUCCCUGCAUAAAAAUUAUACAAUUAAAAGGUAAUAGAAAAUUGAUCUGCUGCUCUUAUAAAACUCACCUGAUUCAAAGUGCAGUGUGUAAACAUAUUGAAAGGUAGCAAUAUUGUAAUGUAUACACACUGGCAGCUAAAGAAUAUGUGCACGGUGAAACGGUUUCUGGGUCUGUUAUUUCCUACAUUUUGUAUAUGUCAUUGGUAAGGAAAUAAGAAUUGGAAAUUCAAAUAAUGUUAAACUAAUGCUUUUUCUUAAGUGUAGAAUUGAUUUUUGCCUUGGUUUGAAAUGUAGAAUACUUAUAGCAAUUGUUGAGCAUUUUAACUGAAAACUAGUCUUAAUAAUCAGUAUUUCAGCUUUUUCAUAAGCUGAAUCUAAGACUACUUAUUCUUUCUUUUGUAUCACGAUGUAUUGGUAUAUGUCACAAUGAAUGAACUUAAGCUUCCAAAUGUCAAUUCACUAACUCUACUUCUAGACAGGCUUUAUAUAUUUUAAGGUCAUAUUUGGCAAGCCAACAUUUUCCCUACUUCUGGCAAUGUAAAAGACUUUCCUCCCACCUAUAAAUUUAAUGUUCAGAGGAAAUAAUACUUUUCUGGAUAUUUCUUUGGCAAGCUGGGUUUAUAGCCAUACUUGUUGACAAUAUCUUACAUAGGAAGUAUACCAUUAUACUAUGGCCAAGAAUAUAUUUUUUUAAAAUUCUAUUUUAUACAGCUGGAAGUUAAUCUGAAAGAUGGCUUGUUUUAUUAUGCUCCCUGCUUAAGUUUCCUGCUUUGUAUAGUGUAUUGGGAUUGGUAACUUCAGAUAUGAUUCAUGGAAGUAUAUAGGAUAUUAAAUUGAUAAGAUUAUAAUUAUAGUUGGAAUUUUGCACAAUGUACUAUCACUUUUUCUAUAAAACAAAAUUGUUGGAACUGCUCACUUUUUGUGAAUGGAAUAUCUUUUUCUAUAUAAUUUGAAUUAUUAAAUAGAUACAUUGAAAAUGUGAAAUAGCAAAGUUGUCAAUAUUGCACUUGUAGAAAUAUAUGUGAUUUAAAAUGUCCUUAGUCUUGUUCUCAAUUAUGCUUGCGAUGAAACCCAUAAAUAAAAUGCUAAUUAAAUCUUCAUUUCUGGAAAUGUUUUACUGAAGCUUGUUGUAAUAAAUAAUGUAAUAUCAACUUUAAGAAUCAUAAACUUGAAUGUAUUUUUUGGCCUUAAAAU